ACCCAUGGACGGUCCGGCCAUCAUCACCCAGGUGACCAACCCCAAGGAGGACGAGGCCCGAUCGCCCUGUGCGGGCGAAAAAGCUUCUCAGCGCAGCAUCAGCCUGAAGAAGCAGAGGGGUCGUAGCAUCCUCAGCUCCUUCUUCUGCUGCUUCCGAGACUACAAUGUGGAGGCCCCUCCACCCAGCAGCCCCAGUGUGCUUCCACCACUGGUGGAGGAGAAUGGUGGGCUUCAGAAGGGUGACCAGAGGCAGGUCAUUCCCGUACCAAGUCCACCAGCUAAAUACCUCCUUCCAGAGGUGACGGUGCUCGACUAUGGGAAGAAAUGUGUGGUCAUUGACCUGGAUGAGACCCUGGUGCACAGUUCAUUUAAGCCCAUUAGUAAUGCAGAUUUCAUUGUUCCCGUUGAGAUCGAUGGAACUAUACACCAGGUGUAUGUGCUGAAGCGCCCACACGUGGACGAGUUCCUCCAGAGGAUGGGGCAGCUCUUCGAGUGUGUGCUCUUUACUGCCAGUUUGGCCAAGUAUGCAGACCCUGUGGCCGACCUCCUGGACCGCUGGGGCGUGUUCCGGGCGCGACUCUUCAGAGAAUCCUGUGUUUUCCAUCGUGGGAACUAUGUGAAGGACCUGAGUCGCCUGGGACGGGAGCUGAGCAAAGUGAUCAUUGUGGACAAUUCUCCCGCCUCCUACAUCUUCCAUCCGGAGAAUGCAGUGCCUGUGCAGUCCUGGUUCGAUGACAUGACGGACACAGAGCUGCUGGACCUCAUCCCGUUCUUCGAGGGCCUGAGCAGGGAGGACGAUGUGUACGGCAUGCUGCACAGACUCUGCAGCAGGUAGCCCCGGCCUCGGGGCCUCGGGGCCACGGCCCGUCCCUGCCUGUGCACUCUGGAGCCCCUGGCUCAGGGGACCCUCCCAGCCUCAGCUUUCUGAGUGGACCAUGAGCUGACUCCAUGCUCCGGGUCACAGGGUGAAUGUCGCCAUUGCCUACCUGUUUCGUUUUGGGUUUGUUUGUUUGUUUUUUUUCUUUUUUAAAGAACAGAAGCAACUAUUUUAAAGGAAAAAAACUCUUUUAAUAGAUUUCAUAAAAGGACAUGCAUUUUACCAGAUUCGAUUUUCUUAAAACAUACCAAAAAGAAAAAAAAAAGAAAAAAAAGAAACCUUGGUCUCUUCCAGACGCUCUUUCAACUGCCCUCCCUCCCAAGAGACAGCCCGUCCCCUUUGUCCCGGGUUGGGGCAGCUGACCCAACUCAGAAUCUCUUUUCUACAGGAUAAAGUGCCUUUUCGAAUGUUAUUUUAAGCUGAGAGUUACUUUUUGUAUACAACCUAUUUCCAGACAUCUUUUAGUCUUUUACUGUCUUAGAUAUGCUAAGACAACAAACAGGACAGUUUUCUAGACCCUGGGAGCCUGUGUGUGGUGGGGCGAGGGUGUGGCCAGGGAGAACGUGGAUCAGGUGCAAACGUCAGCCUGUGGCGUGUGCGGGGUCCGGCUCCCUUUUACGGGAGUCUUCUCGUGACACCCGUGGCCCCCACCUGUUUCUGGCCAAUCCAGAAUGUACCUGCCCACGGCCCCAUGCUUUAUGAAGCAACCAAUCCCUUUUAUUAUGAUUUCUGAUGUUGAUAAAAUUUGUCUUGAGGUUGCAUUUUCCCCUUGAGCGGUGACGUUAGGGUCACAUCUGCUUUCCCACAAUGGUCACACGUCUGUCCCAUGUUGUUUUCCUGUUGUCAAUGGUUUGAGGAGAAUAGUUACAGAAAACCCUAAAACCCUUGGACUGUCACGUCUUUCCUUCCGAAAGCUGGGUACCCGUGGAGCUGUGUGGGACUUGCUGCUACUGCGCUGCCACCAAAUGGAACUGACCAGCGGCUGUUACACUGUUCUUCGCCACUGUGCCUAUGCUCAGAAUACGCUCACCGCUAAACUGCAGGCUUGGACAGGGUCAGAAACGGGGCCCUCCCGCCCCAUCAAGCACGGCACCAACUGUCUCCCUUUCUUGGCCCUGGCCACCAAGAAUGUUGAAGGGCACAAAGGGGUUUUUUAAAUAAAUAAAUAAAUAAAUAAGGGCCAGAGCAGCGCUCAGGUGUGGCGUCCACGUCACACUGCAGCCAAUAUCAGAGCCCAUGGAAGAGCUCCCCAGUCUCGCCUGAGAACCUGUGGCCUCGACCAGCCGCCACCUCCAUGUGGCCCAAGUCCAUCUCAGCCUCUUUGGAAGCACAGCCUCUUCAAGCCAAGGGUUGGGGAAGCCUGUCUAAAUGGGAGACUCGUUGCUCCAAACCAAGGAGAAGGGCUCCUCGCUGGAGCCCAGCGGUCUCUUUCCAGCCAUUCCCCGUGUGGUGUCCAGCAGUGCUGUGUUAACGUCGCUCUCCUGAAGAGUGAGAAGAGCCCUUUCGUGUUGGCACCGUUGCCUUAGUCUUCUGUGGGUUGGGCCUCAGCCAGAUUUCUGCUGGGAGUUGCUGGCACUAACAAGACUCAAAAUCAGGGGUCAAACUUUAAAAAAAAAAAAAAAUUUUUUUUUUCUUUCACAAAAUAAUGAAGCCAGCUACCUGGCCUACCUUCCCACAGUGCUUUGGUCUGGGAAACCACUGUGCAUUCAGAGCAGAAAUACAGAGAGAUAGAUCAUCAGAUCUCCUGACUUUCUGAGUGUUCCGAACCCAGCGAUCCCUGUGCCAAUUACAACAGAAACUGCCCCUUUGCUAAGCAUCACCACAGAUAACAAGUUACGUGGCAGAUCCACAUAUGCCAUAAAUCCUCACAGAAACCAGUCAUUAGCCGAUCCCGCUGCCUUAAGUGUCUUGGGUGUUGCAGUGUCUGCCGCGUGUUCAUGUCCACGCAGAACGAGGCCCGGAUGAGAACCUCAGAUCGUCCGUCACCUGUGCCUCUUGCUGUACUGGUGUCACGGGUCUCAGUUUGGAAAAGGGGGCAGGAUGGACUGAAAUUCCAGAAUAUUUCAGGGGAAGUGAGCCUAGCAACAGUGCUCUGCUUCAGACAGGUUUGAGGCCAGUCUGGGCCUUAGAGUUCUGGAGCUGCGCAUGGUCCUGCCCUUGAGGCACAGCUUCCGGACGGGGAACCCUGUUCUUCUUACCACCGCAAACAUGGGAUGUCUCGGGUGCAUGGCAGGGCCUCUGAGGCUUCUGAAAUCCGCACCUUAUUUGACCAAGCUCCAAAAUGUCAAUUUUUCUUUCUUUAAAAAAAAAAUCUGCUUUAUGUACAUAAUUGAGAAAAAAAUCUAUAUUUUUUAAUCAGUUACUUGUAAAUGAAGCAAUAGAAUUCUAACAAGGCCAAGAAAGGAGACGAAUGUGUGAGGUUUAUUUUCUUAAGGUAAAUACGGGUAUUGCUUUUAAUUGUUAGUUUAUUAAAAGUGUGGGCUUGAAAGUUUAUCAGCCACUUCUGUGUGCCAUAUCUUCCCCCACGUUACCAAAACACUCCAUCUCCUUAGCCAAAAGAAACAGUUGACCUCCCAAGUUCCGUGAUCCUCUCAGCUCCACGUUCGGACCACUCUCCUAGACAUGUGCUUUCGACGUGAAGGUCUGGAACAGGACGGCUUGGGAUUGUGGACUCCAGCCUACGCCUUUUGCAUGACCUCAAAUGGGGGCUUCCUGGGCACCCCGACCCCUGAUGAUGUUAGUGUUCUGUCUUCCAUUUGUUCUGGAAUCGUCCGUGUUGGUCUGUGGUUCCAUGCACUAGCUGCUUGUGAACAAUGCAUUUGUGCCCUAAUAAUUCUACCACCUGUCGCCCAUGGCAGUUGGUGGGGAUUCCUUGGACGUGGUGCAAUGCCGAUGAGAUUGGGGACAUGAGAAUGUCCAAAUGACACUAACUUGUCAUAGUUACAGCAUUUGAAGUUGGGGUACGAAAUGAAGCCUGGAAGUGUGUAUAGCCCGGCAGCAUUUUACAUCCCUGGUUUCUAAUAAAAUCCGGAAACACACAGCCCUAUUGGUCAAACACUCGUGACGUGUGUGCCUCUGCUCUCAUGGUGCUGUGCUGGACAGCCGGCACGCCAGCGGCUGUAUGUCUGACCGUGUCUGUCCCUGGAGCCGCCCUGCAGAUCGCCACCCCAGCAGUCGCGAUGCUGGUGUCUGGGGGGUUACGGAUUGCUGCUGGAUGCUUGUGGCGAUCCAGCGCUGCUUGGGAAAUACUACGUGUGGAAUAUGCACGGUUCUGGGGACAAGUAUUGUCAAUCAGUGAUUUCCCUCCUGCCAAAAAAUAAACUCAUGAAACUGCACUGUC